CAGUCAUGUUGCUGAGCAUCCACAGAGGCUGGGUUCUCAUGAUUUACAUGAUUUCCUCGUUUAAUGUGCAUUUUUGUGCAAAGAGGAGCAAUUUUAGAAAAUCCGAGCGUCUCAGCCCACCCCUGGACAUCCAGCUCGAGGCACUGAACUGCACAGCUUUCCGGGUUCAGUGGCGAAUGCCCCGGCGCCAUGUUAGCAUCAUCACUGGGUACAAGGUGUUUUAUACAGAGAUGAAUAACAGUCAACCAGUCAACUCAAUGGUGACUUUAGAAGUACCCCUCAGCCUGGACAUGCUGGCCACGGGCCAGUUUGAUGGACAAGCAAGCUUUGAGGUUGAGAUUGGAAAUCUGCGAGUGGCUACUGAGUAUCAGGUCGGCGUCGGGGCCUAUGGCUGGGCAGGAGAAGGGCGUCCCAGCAUGCCUCGGGUCAUCAGCACUGCAUCACAAGAAACGUGCAUGCCCCCCUCCCCUCCAUUGCAGCCUGAGGCGAUGCCAGUGUCUGACGUGGAGAUAGCAUUGUCAUGGAGACGGGCCAAGAGCGAGGGCAGUGCUCCUAUUCGUCACUUCUUGGUUUCUUACAUCAGGACAGAGCUGGACUCUGAGUGGACGUCAAUCCAAGAGCCUGUUGAAGCAAAUUCAAUGGUCCUGAAGGGCUUGAUUCCUGACACCCAGUACCAGUUUGUCAUCCGAGCAGUAAACGUACACGGAGUCAGUCCACCCAGCAGCAUAAGUGACCCAGUCAGGACCUUCAGCAAAGAAGUAGUGGGCGGUGGCCACAAUGUCCAGCGCUACAUCACUGACACAGAGGCCAUGGAUGGCGACCUCACCGAAGCGGAUGACUCUGAUUAUGACAUAUAUAUUGAGGAGCUGAAGCCCUUUCCUGCUGUCAGUGGAAUUAAUAAGAAGUUCCAGAUGACAACCAGAACAGGAACUCCAGCCUCCCAGGCAGGAAGGGAGAGUGUGACAAGGGAGAUGAUCACCGCUGAUUCCACCGCCACUACGACCGCACCAGACACCUUCUCUUUCUCCCCCAUUUUGCCCAUCCUAAACUCCCUCCUUCCAUCCUCCACUAUCUUUCCUCCCUCCUAUCCCACCACAGCUCUGCCCCCAGCUCCACCACAACGUCCAGCCCCUCAUGUUCCAAUGACACGGUGGACAGGUAGCAUACCACGCCUCUAUGCCCUGCACUGUGAGGACACUGUUUGCCCGCCAGACAGCUUCUGUGCCAGUGACUACUACAGUGGUGGCUCACGAUGCCACUGUAUCCUGGGGCGAGGAGGGGAUAUCUGCUCUCAAGAGGUGGCAGUACAGUUCCCCAAGUUCUACGGCUACUCCUACAUGACCUUUGCAUCCCUGAAGAACUCUUAUCAGACAUUUCAAAUAAGCCUUGAGUUCAAGGCAGAUGCUGAAGAUGGGGUGCUGCUGUACUGCGGGGAGAAUGAACAAGGCCGCGGUGACUUUGCCUCGCUGGCGCUCAUACGUCGUAAGCUUCACUUUAGGUUUAACUGUGGCACCGGUGUGGCUCAUGUUGUGAGCAACAGCCCUGUGGUCCUUGGUCGAUGGCACAGUGUUAUUGUCUUCCGAGAGGGCUUGAAUGGUUGGCUGAGACUGGAUAAUGAUGCCCACGUGACAGGCCGCUCGCAGGGGCAGUACACCAAGAUUACAUUCCGCAGCCCACUGUAUGUGGGUGGGGGACCCAAUGCAUAUGGGCUAGCCAGGGCGACAGGCACCAGUCGUGGGUUCCAGGGCUGCAUUCAGACCCUCAGAAUUAAUGGCAAGACCAUCGACUUACGACCCUGGCCCCUUGGUCGUGCGCUGGGUGGAGCCGAUGUUGGUGAGUGUAGUGACAGCAUCUGUAAGGAUGUCACUUGUCUCAAUGGAGGGAUAUGCUUUGCCAAUCGGGCCGACAGGUUCAUCUGCCUGUGCCCCCUGGGCUUCCGGGGACUGCUGUGCCAAGAAAGUUUCUUACUGUCCUUGCCACAUUUCAAUGAGACCCUGCUGUCGUAUACCAGUGCCCCCUGGCCUCAGGACUCCAAGCACUACUUGUCUUUCAUGGAGUUUGAGAUUACUUUCCAGCCCACAUCCCCUGAUGGCACACUGCUCUACAGUGAAGAUACAGACAGCCAGGACUUUCUGUCAGUCACCCUUGUGGGCGGGUACAUAGAAUUCCGCUUUGACUGUGGUUCUGGGCCAGCCAUUCUGAGGAGCGAGGAGCCCGUUAGCACGCACGCAUGGCAUGAGCUACGAGUGUCUCGUACAGCCAGGAGCGGCAUCCUGCAGGUGGACAACCAGGUGCCCACAGAGGGCGUGUCUGAGGGAGCCUUCACUCAGAUCAAGUGCAACACACUGUUGUUUGUGGGGGGUGUGCCCAGCUACAGCAGCACCAAGAGCAGCGCCCGUGUGCUGCGACCAUUCAGUGGGAGCAUUCAGAAAAUCCUUCUGAAUGACCGUGUGGUCCAACUGACCCAGGGUGGUGCUGUCGGGGUGAAUGUGGACAAUGCAGCACACCCCUGUGUCGGUCAGCCUUGUGCCAAUGGUGGCACCUGCCGACCCAGGUGGGACGGAUACGAGUGUGACUGUCCACUCGGCUACGACGGCAGGCACUGCCAGAAAGAGUGUGGGAAUCAUUGCUUGAACACAGUGACAGAGGCCAUUGAAAUCCCACAGUUCAUUGGCCGGAGCUACCUCACCUAUGACCACAGAGAAGUUCUCAAGAGGGUCUCUGGCUCAAGGACCAAUGUGUUCAUGCGAUUCAAGAGCACAGCCAAGGAUGGGCUUUUGAUGUGGCGGGGGGACAGUGUCAUGAGAGCCAGCAGUGAUUUCGUGUCUCUUGGGCUACAGGAUGGAGCGCUCAUCUUUAGCUACAACUUGGGCAGCGGCACUGCCACAGUGUUGGUGAAUGGCACCUUUGGAGAUGGCCGGUGGCACAGAGUCAAGGCAGUCAGAGAUGGACAGUCCGGGAAGCUGACAGUGGAUGAUUAUGGAGCCAAAACUGCGAGAUCACCAGGGAAGAUGCGACAGCUCAACGUCAAUGGUGUUCUGUAUGUGGGGGGAAUGAAGGAGAUUGCUCUGCACACCAACAGGCAGUACAUGCAGGGGCUGGUGGGUUGUAUUUCCCACUUUACCCUUUCCACCGAUUAUCACCUUUCUCUGGUGGAGGAUGCAACUGAUGGCAAGAACAUCAACACUUGUAGUAACUAGAAUCUGCAGCUGCCUGAAGUCGGCUGAGACCACAAACAUACGGACUAAACAGUUUGGAGAACUGACUGUGAGGAGCUGAAGGCUGAAAUUUGCUCAG